AUGGACAAGUCGAAUGCUCUGGACUAUAUCAACCAGAUGUUUCCCACAGAAGCAUCUUUAUCUGGUGUUGAGCCAUUGAUGCAGAAAAUACAUAAUGAGAUCCGCCGGGUGGAUGCUAGUAUUUUGGCUGCUGUUCGUCAACAGAGUAAUUCAGGAACCAAAGCCAAGGAGGAUCUUGCUGCAGCCACGCAUGCCGUUGAGGAACUCAUGUAUAAGGUCCGAGAAAUAAAAACCAAAGCUGAGCAAAGUGAAACAAUGGUUCAGGAAAUAUGCCGUGAUAUUAAGAAACUAGAUUUUGCAAAAAAGCAUAUAACAACUACAAUAACAGCUCUUCAUCGUCUUACAAUGCUAG